AUGGAACUCUUGCAUGUUUCAAUUCAAGCUAUAGUUAAAGACGUAAAGGAAGAGAUGUCGUUGGAGAUCGAUCCUUACUCAUUUGUUUCCCCUUCUGCUUAUGACACUGCUUGGUUGGCAAUGAUUAAUCCUGCUGCAGAUUCCAACCAGCCACUUUCAUCACCCAUGUUCAAGGCUUGCUUGGAUUGGGUGCUGAAUAACCAGACAGAAGAAGGGUAUUGGGGGGAGUGUGACUCCCAUGGCAAUCCCACCAUCGAGUCUCUGCCUGCUACUUUGGCUUGUGUAAUUGCACUCAAAAAGUGGAAUGUGGGGAAUAAAAAUAUAGAGCGAGGAUUGGACUUUGUUCAUGGAAACGCCGAGAAGCACCUUGGAGUAACUCACGACCACUUUCCCCGUUGGUUUACAAUUGUUUUCCCUGGGAUGAUUGAACUUGCGCUUAAAGCUGGGCUAGAGCUUGCCUUCCCUUCCCAGUUAAACGAACUGUUGUCAGACAUAUUCCACCAACGGCAAAGGAUCCUUGAAACCGAGGAACUUGUUGACAGUCAAUAUCCUCCAUUGUUAUCAUAUAUUGAAGCGCUGCCUUCGUCGUAUGAUAUCAGCGGAGAAGACAUAACCAUGAACUUGAGUGGUGAUGGCUCACUGUUCCAAUCUCCCGCUGCCACUGCGCGGGCUUUCAUGGCUACUGGAAAAGAAGAGUGCUUAGGUUAUCUGGAAUCUCUUGUUCGAAGAUGUGCUGAUGGAGUUCCACCAACUUAUCCCAUGGAUGAAGAGCUAAUAAAGCUUUGUGUGGUCAAUCAACUACAAAGAUUGGGGUUAGCUGACCAUUUCACACAUGAGAUUGAAGCCAAUUUGGCCCAGCUUUACCGGAAUUACAACAGCCAAGAGUCGCAGGCAAAACCAAGCAGCAAUCCAGUUAGUGCAAUCCAGCUGCACAAAGACUCUUUAGCGUUUCGGCUCCUUCGCAUGCAUGGUUAUAGCGUAUCACCUUGGCAGUUCUUUUGGUUCUUGAAAAAUCAAGAAGUUCGAGCUCGUAUUGAAAAAGAUUAUGAAUACUUUUCAAGCGCAAUGCUCAACGUUUACAGAGCAACAGAUUUUAUGUUUCCAGGAGAGUAUGAACUCGAGGAGGCCAGAUCAUUUUCUCGGAAAGUGAUAGAGAAAGUAUUAUCCAAGGGGACUAGAGACAAUAAGGACAACUUUAGAUCUAUCAACCUUGAGAAAAUGAUGGAGCAUGAGCUGAGACAUCCUUGGAUCGCUCGACUGGAUCAUUUGGAACAUAGAACCUGGAUUGAAGAUAGAAACAGCAACAUUUUGUGGGUAGGCAAGGCCUUCUUGCACAGGUUGUCACCCCUUUUAACUGAGAAGCUAAUGCAACUUGCAGUGGCAGAUUAUGAGUUUCGGCAGUUUAUAUACAGGAAUGAGUUGGAGGAAGUGAAAAGGUGGUCAAAGAGCAGGGGUCUCAGCGAUAUGGGAUUUGGUCGAGAGAAAACUACAUAUUGUUACUUUGCCAUUGCCUCCAGCAUUCCACUACCAUAUGACUCUGAUAUACGGGUGAUGAUUGCAAAAAGUGCAAUUGUGGUAACAGUUGCUGAUGAUUUUUAUGAUAUGGAAGGUUCUUUAGAUGAGUUGAAUAGCCUCACUGAUGCAAUCGGAAGAUGGGACGCUAGUGAAUUGACUGGCCAUAGUAAGACUAUCUUUGAUGCCCUUGAUGAUCUCGUUAGAGAAAUUGUAGCAAAAGUUCUCCAACACCAGGGAACUGAUAUAACAAUUUUUCUGCAGCAGAUAUGGUAUGAAACAUUUGCUUCAUGGCUUGUGGAAGCAAAGUGGAGCAGGGGAGGAUUUCUUCCAUCAAUUGAUGAAUACCUUAGAACUGGAAUGAUAUCCAUUGCUGCACAUACCAUAAUUCUUCCUGCUUCAUUUCUAUCGAACCCAAGCUUAAUAGAUUGCAAAGUCAGGCCAGGUGAAUAUGAGGCUGUUACCAAAUUGCUGAUGCUUAUACCCCGUUUAUUGAAUGACAUACAGAGCUAUCAGAAGGAACAAGAAGAGGGGAAAAUGAACUGUGUAUUACUCUAUUUGAAAGAAAAUCCGGGAGCAGACAUUGAAGAUUCAACAGCCUAUGUUCGAGAAAUACUUGACAAGAAGUGGGGAGAGUUGCUCCAGCAUGUUCUGAUGGAUGGAUUCGGAGAUUUGCCCAAACCAUGCAAGCUUCUCCAUUUAUCAUGCGUGAAAGUGUUUCAGAUGUUCUUCCACUCCCGCAACAGAUUUGAUUCCAACACGGAGAUGCGUCAGGACAUCCAAAAGGCAAUCUACGUCCCUCUAAAUGUUGGAACCUCAAAACCGUUGAUACCUCCUCAGAAGGAAGAUCAAGCAAUCAACUCCCUCUCUGGUCAGCCUUCCAAAUAUGAAAUAUCACAGAUCGAGCAAGCUAGUUCUUGAUUUGCCUACUGUCUGAGGCAUGUUUAAAUUAUAGUAAUAUGUUUGUGCUACCGAGUUUUACCGUGUCUUUCUCUUUGUGCAGCUCAUGAAUAAGCCUCUGCUGCAUUCUGAGCAGCUAUUCAGGAGUUGUGAUAUCUUUUCCUGAUAGCUAGCUAGGCAGCAUUCCUGAAUAAGAGCAAGUGAAAGCCUGAAAUAUUAAAAACUAGA